AUGCUUGUGGUCGACCCCACCACCAACAAUGUCAAGCUGCGAGUCUACCUAUCCGCAGUUCGCCUUGUGAUGAUGUACGGAUCGGAUACUUGGGCAGCACCAUCUACGGGGAUUGAAAGGCUUGAUUGCACGGAACGAAAGCUGCUUAGACGUCUACUUGGCUACUUUUGGCGUAGGGUAUGCUACAGUGAAGAUCUUUACGCAGAAAUUGAUGUGAUAUACCGGUGGAUGACACGUGGAAGAUAUCAGCAUCUCACACCGCCAUCGAAGGUGGCUAAAGUAAGUCGUCUUCGUUUUUUUGGUCAUAUAUCAAGGAUGGCAGAUUGCCUUGUUCAACGAGUUCUGAGGAGUUUGCCGUGUUCGAGCUGGAAGAAGCCACCUUGCCGAAGACGGAACUUCUGGACUGACGUGGUGGAAGAUGACCUGAGGACACUCGGCGUAGAUAGGCAGUUCAGGCGAGACGUAAGGUUUUGCAGAAUAUGGAAUUGCGACGAGUGGAUUGAUUCUGUGCAAACUUUUGCAGAAGAUCGAGAAGGUUGGGCACAGCUAUGUUCAAGGACGGCCCACCUCGGCGAUGAUGCGUGUAAUUGCGUCAGACGAUGA